AUGUUGUCUAAACUGCCCGUGGAGAUAAUCUAUCUCAUUGCAACUUAUCUACCAUCUGCCAGUGACUUGGUACAUAUCGCACAGACCUGCAAGCGUUUGUAUGGAGUUGUAUCUGCCGAGGAUGGGCGUGUUUUCCGGGCGUUUAUUGAGCACCGGUUUCCUGGCUUUGUACCGUCUUCAUGUUGGAAAGAUGUGACCCAAGCUCUGACUUCUCGCUCUCGAGCUUUGGACAAAAAUGCGGUAGUUAGUCGCUUCGUUGCUAAGCCCCCUACUCGCGCUGAAUUGGGGAUCACAACGCGAACCGACAGACCCACCCUUGGAUAUCGCCCUGCAAUUGAUUCAUACGAAAUCUGGAACGGAAGCACAUGGGCGGACCGCAGGGAGGUGCUCGCUUGGGGCGGCGGGCAUGAGAUUGUCAUGAAAAUCAAACAACAUGGAAAGGCCCAGAAUUCCCAAUGGGCCAUUUUCGAUGAUUUGGAUGUCGUCAGCAGCCACGAUGACGUCUGUGGCCUGCAUAUCCUGCGACCGGGGCAUCAUCGCAAAGUGGAAGAUAAGGAGCAUAUAAUCUUUGGUCGAAUGCGCGGUGAGCUUCUCCAUGUUGCGCUCAAGCCUAACGAGGACACACACGACUACGUGCAGCGAUUCCAGACAUCCAACUCUGGGCUCGAACAUAUCGAUUUGAGUGAAGGACCAGACCCGAUUCUGGCUGCGCACGACAAAAAAGGAACAAUCACAUUUUAUAGUACUACUAAGGACGAUGACGUGGUUGAACCCUUUGGGAAUAUUGUAAUCGGAUCAAGGCUUGCAGCACGUAACAAGUGCUCUAAAUUCCUGUCUCCGACCCUGUUUGCUAUAGGUACAGGGCGCUCAGAGGAUGCACUGGCUAUCUCUUCCAUUUCAUCAGAACGGCUGGCGCUGGAACGUGAAAUCAGCGUGGGCUCCUUAGAUCAGGAUGUGCGGCUUGGGUCUACUGCAAGUGUCAUUGUCAAUGCAAUGGCGCCUCUAUGCGGACAGCAGGUCACCACGGGGUCUCCUGGUAGUACAUUUCUCGCUGCUUGGGGUGAUCGUCGAAUCAGACUUCAUGACGUUCGCUCAAACCGGGCAUCCGAGUCCACUUAUAAAGACCCAACCGACCAAAGCCAAAUCUACUCCCUUCACCCUUUUGGCCAUGACAGAUUUCUCGCAGGAGCCGGCGCAGACGCCGUUGUGAAGAUCUUCGAUCUCCGGAUGCCAAAAACCUACAGUUACACAGAUUCCAGGGCUUCUUCCAUUUACCAGCACAAUGUGCCCCGUCGAAAAGCCUCUGGAGGAGAGAUCGCACCCCCAGUAGAGAGCAUCAGGUACCCCCGCAAAGAUUUCUCCAUGUUCCUAUUCUACGCACCACCAUUGUAUCCAAAUGCACCUCGGAGGCGCCAACGUGAAUCCACUCCUUACCGCGGUGCCAUAUACUCCCUGUGUUCACCGUCACCUCUGUCGCCCACGGUAUACGCCGGAAUCACUGACGGCGUCGUUCGAUUGGACUUCAUGUCUACUGAUGACUUAACUGGCUCAUGCGGGGAUUGGUAUCGGGAAAUGAUUGAUAUAGACUUAGAAAUCCAGGAGGACAGGACGACUUACAACCCCGAGCGAGUUCUGGAUUUGUCUGGCUACGAACGACCGGAGCCUGAUGACACGACUACAACAUCUCCAUUGAGAACACAGAAGCGAUUCGCGUAUAUUGAUGAGACUAAUAUCAAAAAUGAGCAGCUAACGGGCUGGGACCGGAGGUGGAACCCAAUGGAAAGAUUUGCUGCUUGGAGACGUCGGGAUUGA